AUGGACUCUCUCCCUUCUGCAGAGCAGUUCUCCACCAUCGAGAUGCACCCGCGCAAUAUAGUCGCAAGUCUCUUGGCCAUAGUGAUCAGCUUUUCUUACCUUCGAUCUGUUACGAAAAAGACUGGCCUUGAGCGCUUCCCCGGACCGUGGUAUGCGCCCUAUACGGCCCUGCAUCUGCGAUGGCUCUUCGCUCGUGGCACGAUCCACGAAUAUGUCGAGAAGAUGCACAAGCAGUACGGCGAUGUCAUCCGUUUGGGACCAAGACAGCUCUGGAUAUCUGAUAAGGGAGCUAUGAAGCAGAUUCUUCUCACGAUUGAUCUACCCAAGGUUACCAUGUAUGCUGAGAUCUCGAGAGACAGAAAAAGUCCCGGUCUCUUUGGAGAGAUCCGCCCCGUUCCCCACCGCAACCUCAAGAAGUUCCUCAGCCCAGCUUUCACUGUCUCUUCUGUCGACAAGCUAGACACGUUCUUCAAAGCGUGCACAUCGAUCUUGCUCAGCAACUACUACACUGAAGUCAACAAGGCUAUCGCUCAAGAUGCCAAGUCCAACCCCAACGGCGACUUCGAGACUGACCUUAUGCGUGACUUGCACUGUCUUGCGCUAGACAUCAUGGGCGAGUCGUCAUUUGGUAAGGGCUUCGGGCAGAUCGACAAGAUCUUCGAUCCCAGCAAGCUGUUGUCCGGCAGGGACAAGCGCUGGAGCAAGAUUCCCGACGCCAUCUUCAAUGGUCAGGCGAAGAGGUAUGGGCUGGUCUUUGUGAAGAGAUUCCUCCGGCGCAUGGGAUAUGAGUGGGAGGUUGAUUGGCCCAAGGAGAUGACGUCUGCGAUUUGCGAACUCGUCGACGAACGCGCGGCAGCUCAGGGAGGACACGAGAACAAGAAACGCAUCGAUGUCCUCCAGCACAUGUUGGACGAGGGCGCGCGACCAGACACGGGAGAGCGUAUGUCGAACCAGGACAUCAUCGAUCAGAUGUCUGAGCUCCUUCUCGCUGGAUCGGAAACCACGUCUGGUACGUUAGAUUCAUCCAUGCCCCAUUGCCACUCCUUAGCUCCUAGGUUGCGGCCUUCGAGUUUCCCUCUCCACUGCGCAUCAUAG